AUGUCUCUCAAACAAACGGUCAUAGGGCUCCUUGCGAGCGCUUACGCCAUCAUCGUGGUAUCAGCACAAAGGAGUAUCACGUAUGCAGAUGGCAUCGUGGUCCCUGCAUCGGUUCCAACAGUCACCGGCAUCGAUGUCUCCCGUGGCUCGUUCACAGGCACACCAACUGUUACUGGCGCUUUGUCGGGAACGGCCAUUUUGGGGACGGCUAUCUCGCCCAAGCCUGCUCCGGCAAAUGCAACAACGUAUCCUAGCGAUGGACGGCUUCAUGAUCCCCAGCCUGCUCCAUACGUCCCCGGAGGCGGCCUUGGGACGAAUGGCACAAUGCCCGUUUAUAAUGCGAAGAGUGACUAUGAUUUCCAAUCUCUUGCGCUCGCCCUGUACUUCAAAUGGAUAGAGCUCGAUCUCCUCGACUACGGCUUAUCCCACUUCUCCCAAAAAGAAUUGACAAACGCCAACCUGUCCAGCGAAGACCGCUAUCUCAUUAGUUUCAUGAGCGAGCAAGUAGUCGGCCACGCAACGAUGCUCACCAACAUCCUCGGCCGCGCCGCGCCCAAGCAAUGCAACUACAACUAUCCAAACUUCACCGACGUCCGCGAAUGGCUCGACUUCUCCCAGAAACUCAUCCGCAACAACGAGGCCGGCGUCUACGGCUUCCUCCCGCACCUCACCUCGCGCGAAGCAGCCGCUCUGGUCCUACGCUCUGUAACCGUCACGGCCCGCCAGCAGGUAAUCUUCCGUCAAUUCGAAGGCCUCUUCCCCAUGCCCGUGUGGUUCGAAGUCGGCAUCCCGCAGUCGUGGGCCUGGUCCCUGCUGGCGCCCUACAUCGCCUCGUGCCCCACAACCAACCAGUCGCGGCUGGUCUGGCAGAACUUCCCCGCGCUGCGCGUGCUCAGCCAGCCCAACCCGUUCCGCACCAACGGCUCCGCCGCCGUCAACGAGACUCUGGGCCCCUGGCUCAACUCGGCGAACUUCACCGAGAUCCCGCCGCGGCAGCGCUGCAAUGUCUCCGAGUGCGGGCCAGCCAUCACGCAGAACCGCUCCAUCCCGCUCUCCCGCCCGGGCCGCCCGGUGCGCCUGCAGUGGGAGGCGCCGGGAAAACCUGUCGGCCCGGGCAAUGGCUAUGUCACGCAUUCCAGCGCGGCGGGCCCGCCGGCGUUUGUGGCGUGGGUGACGCAGCUGAAUGUGACGUAUUCGCCGCUAACGGAUGUGGUCAUGAUGGGUGGAGGUGUGGGGAACGCGACUAAUUCAACCACAGGCGGCGGCGGCGGUGGUGGUCGUGGUGGUCGUGGUAGUGGCCGUAGGGCCCACGGCCGCAUAGAGUUCCUAGAUCCCCGGCAGGUUAGUGAUAACGGGACUACUGGCGGUGGUGGUGGUGGUGGUGCUGCAGGGAGCGGGCUCACGAUACAACCAGACCUCUCGACGUACGAGGGCGACCCGGCGAUCAACGGGACGAUUUUCAUUGCGCUUACGGAUUCGAAUCCGUUCCUUACGCCGUUUAAUUUGAGUUUGAUUAAUCCGCAUGUUGUGGCGGGGCCGGCGGUUUAUCAGGCUGGGUAA